CGGGCUCUGCCUCCGCCGUGGGCGGGAAAUGCUGCUGCUCGAUUGCAACCUGGAGGUGGGGACUCUGCAGCACCUGCUGGAGACGGGGACCUCGGCGAACGCACCCUCGGACCCCUGCCAGCGGUCGCCUGUCCACUUGGCCUCUGGUGGCGGCCUUGCUUGCUUGCUUCUCUGGCAGCUGCAAACAGGCGCUGACCUCAACCCCCAGGAUAUUCGUGGAGAAGCUCCACUACACAAGGCAGCCAAAGCUGGGAGCCUGAAGUGCCUGCUUGUGGCCAGUGAUGCCCAGAUUGAGCAAGUGGAAAACUGGUGGCUUCACCUUUUGUCUUCUUGUUUAGACUAA